GUCAAGUAACAGAGUACUGUUGCUAUGGCUACUGCAUCGAUCUCCUGAGGCGCCUGGCUAAUCGUACGGGUCUGCAAGCCAACCCUACCACUUUCACUUUUGACCUUCACCUAGUGGGUGAUGGACAGAUGGGCGAGGAGUUGACCGUGAAUGACACCAAGGUGUGGAAUGGCAUCGUUGGCGAACUCGUUACCGGACUAGCUGAUCUCGCAGUCGCACCCAUG